GCAAUAUUUAUCUUUUGCGGUACUCUUAUGGUCGGGGAGGUGGUUAGUAGUACUGUGAGUAACUUGUGUUCUCUCAUUGGUGAGUAUGCUGCAUGUAACGAUGUUAGUGCGUUAGGCAGCACUUAAAGCUAAUAUUGCCAAGCCUUCUUGACAAUGAUAUUCUUUAUGUCAUCGAAUGGCUUGUUGGUUGGAUUAAAAAACUUAGUGUUUCGGAUAAUUCAUCUUUGCUUCUUUUAUUCAAGGAAAGUUUAGACGAGCUCUCUUCCUCAUGUUAUUCUGAGGAAUGUCUCAUUUCGAUGCAGGGAUAUCUAGAAACCCCUGGCAACGUAGCGUUUUUCAUUCACAUUCUUGAGUCGGCAUCCAUUUGUGCUCCGAAAGUUGGGUUUAAUCGUUUCCGUCGCAUCAAAGGAAUUUUUCAAUCAUGUGAAGUAUUUGCGAAAGACCUUGUCGGUGACGAAUUGUUUCUUGUACUGAGAGCAACAGAGGACGUGCUUCGUAAGGUGAUUUCAAACAUCUCAGUCGGACUUCUAAAUUCUGCAGAUAUUUCAUUUUUGAGGCAACAUUCUUUAUAUUUGACAUCCAUGUUGUUGUUUACGCACUCUGAAGGCAAACAGGAGUUAUUGUUACAUUUUGUUGAAGAUCUCUCAACUAUAUGUAGGGGUUGUACACAUUCUAUUUAUCAUCUUGUAAAUUACUAAUGAACUUACGAAAUUCGCCUACGUGCCAAAAAACUGUCGCAUCUGUUUACGUACCCGGUUGGUUGCAAUUACUUGAUUAUUUUCUGAUCAGGGAUGAUAAAGAUAAGCCAUACAGGUUUUGGCCAUUAGUUUUUUCUCAUGAACAUGCCAUCGACUUAGUGUUUCCUAUUGUUCUCUUCAUACUUGAUAAAUCCAAGAAAGAACUAUUUUUGGCAGCUGUAACUGUUGUGGAGUGGAUGUAAUCCACCACCCGAUUUGUGGAAACAAAUAUCUAGAAAUACGAAGUACUGCUGUUCUUAUCAUUGAAAAGCUACUCAGAAGACAGCGCUGUUCUCUCUCAUACUUGUGGUGGAAUUCCGAGCGUCUUAGGUUGAUAGAAUAUCUGCAGGUCAUUGCUGUUGAACCUGUUUCCACAGAAACCUUACCAAGUUAUAUUACACAAGUUAUUAAAUGUAUUGAACAACUAGUUUUGUCAUCAACCUUUCUUGCACGAUUGCACAUUUGUGCCAAAUUCCUUGAACCUUAUCAUGGUAACGUACAUUACGGUUGGCGUGGACACAUGAUCGCUUUAUUUAAAAAUCACUUACAUGGAGUCAUUAUUACAAGUAAGGAUGCUUCAGAAGCUCAGAAUAAGAUAGCCGACCCAGAGAACAGUAUUGAAGCAUGUUACACAGAAAUCAGUCAUAUAUUCCACCUUAUAUUCCUGUAUCCACUGCCACAUUGUCUACAAGAAGAUAUAACUGAUGAAAGUUGUUGGCUUUUGGCAGCCUUAAACCUAGCACUGUAUAUAUUCAUCCGCUUUAAAGCAUAUCCGGAAUCAUCAGCCCACACAUUGUUCAACAUUUUGGUGCAUACUUCUGAUGCAGAAAACAGCUACUUCAGAAAAUUUAUGCGUAAUUUAAAGUCGCGUUUAGAGCAACGCAUAACCCAAUGCCAAACUCUUACUUUUACACUUGAGACGACCUUGAGUAACCCGUGUAGUGCUAGCGAAAGAAAUCGUUUAAAGUCAGAACUUACUGUUCAAGAAAGCAUCAUGUUGCGUUUACAUCUUCUACAGGUAACUUUACAUCAGACUGACACAGCAUUUCAAGAAUGUGAUCCUAUUGGCAACGUAAAUAGUAACUAACUUGUUUCUGUAUUACUGAAUUUUUGUAAAUACAACUUCUGAAGUAAGCAUGUGUUUUGUACAUUGGUUUUUAAAUGGUUCAUAACUCUUAUUGCACCUAAAUUCUUAGGUUGUUCUUAUCUCCUGAAUUG